CUGGGAGCGCACAUCGCAGGUUACGCUGGUGAGGAUCUCGCCAAAGCUAACAUGAUACUGGGAAGAAUAACAGGAUUAGAUCCUGCUGGUCCUCUGUUCGAGAAUGAGGAAGCUCCAUGUAGGCUGAGUAAAGACGAUGCUGGGUUUGUGGAUGUGAUACACACCGACGGUGACAAAAUUAUUCUUGGAGGCGCCGGAUUGAUGCAAGAGUGCGGGCACCAUGACUGGUAUCCCUUCGGCGGGAAGGACCAACCAGGAUGCCCAACUUUUGACGUCGCUUGCGACCACUCGAAAGCCGUCGAAUAUUUCAUUGACAGCGUGAAAGGCGUCAAAACCUUCCUGGGCGAAAAAUUUGCCAAUACCGUCAAUGAUUUGCUCAACCGUCCAGCCAAGUGCUUCAUCGAUGGGAAUUGCCCGGAAAUGGGUUACCCUGAUCACGACGACGCCGCCAUCGAGGGCCACGACUUCAUGUAAAGGUCACACGAGACUCCUUGAUGUUGGAAUGAUGAGUUUCAGAACUUGAUGGAAC